AGUAUCGCGAGAUUUCGGAGGUAUCGUGAGACCUGACGGGCUCGUGCUGCAGUCUGUGUCGCUGCUGAUCUGUUCGUGGGUUUGUUGUGUAAAUUUCCUGCGUGAUGUUCGGCUGUCCCCCACGGGAGGACCGGGAUUAGUCCACACGUCCAGCAGAGGAGAGGACAACAUGGCGGCUGCAGAAGGUGUCAGCCUUCCCACUCCCACGGAGGAGAUGAACGGGGCCGGGACGCUCAUGGACUUCCUGGACGAGCCGUUCCCCGACGUGGGGACCUACGAGGACUUCCACACCAUCGACUGGCUGAGGGAGAAGUCCAGGGACACGGACCGGCACCGAAAGGUUCUGGAGGGCUGGGUUCGGUGCGUGGGGGCGAUGCUGACCCGCUCACCGUGUGCGUGUUUGCAGCCAUGAGCAGUGCUGCUGGACCUCCAACCAGACCACCUUCGCCGACCGGGACAAGUGUCCGCAGUGGCAGAAGUGGGCCGAGCUGAUGACGGGCCACGCCGAGGGCGCCGGGGCGUACCUGCUGAACUACUUCCUGUACAUCCUGUGGGCCCUGCUGUUCUCCUUCCUGGCCGUGUCGCCGGUCCGAGUCUUCGCCCCGUCCGCCUGCGGGUCGGGGAUCCCGGAGGUACCGCGCGCCCUGAGGUCGGCGGGCGGUUCGGGUCGGGGCUGUAACGUUGUGUUCCGGUCCGCUGCAGAUCCAAACCAUCCUGAGCGGGUUCAUCAUCAUCAUGAGUCCAGACUUUCUCCUGAGGAACAAGAUUCUUUCUUUAACUCCUUUAGUGGCUCAGAAACAUUUGGUGAGCAAAACCAAAUAUUCUGUGACUCUCCAAUCAGGCCUGAUGAAAUGAAAGAAGCUGUUAAUAAUCUGAAGUCCAAUAAAUCUCCUGGUUCUGAUGGGCUUCCAGCAGAACUUUAUAAGAUGUUCUCAGAAGAACUGACUCCAUUUUUACAUUCUGUGUUUAUUGAUAAGCAUUAAUAAUGAAAAACUGUCUCAAAGUUUAAUUACUCUAAUCCCAAAACCUCAGAAGGUUUCGUUCAUUUUGGAUAAUUGGCGUCAUAUUUCUUUACUUAACAGUGAUUACAAUAUUUUAGCAAAAAUUAAAAAGUUCUCCGUGGUUUUAUAGAGGAAUCUCAGAAGGGCUUUAUGGCUGGAAGGCAUUUUAUUAAUAAAAUAAAACUGGUUCUUGAUAUCUUAGACCAUCCAGAAAUGGUUUCAGCUCACAGCUUGAUUUAUUUUUUAAACACAUUUGACUCCAUAGAUCAUGAGUUCAUCUUCAAAGCCCUCAGAUUAUUUGGUUCAGGAGAGAAUUUUCAAAAAUCAAUCUGCUCUCUUUAUGCUUCUGGAAAUAACUCAAUAAAAUGACCUGAUGGAAAAAACCUAAAGAUUUAAAACAGAAGGUGGAUUCAUGAGGGAUUCCCUGGAUCUCCUUUUUGUUUCUUCUCCCUAAGCAAAUUAUAUCUACUGUUAUUAAAAUAUUACAAAUUAUAUCUACUGUUAUUAAAUAUUACAAAUUCUAUCUACUGUUAUUAAAUAUUGCAAAUUAUAUCUACUGAUAUUAAAUAUUACAAAUUCUAUCUACUGUUAUUAAAUAUUACUAAUUCUAUCUACUGUAAUUAAAUAUUGCAAAUUCUAUCUACUGUUAUUAAAUAUUACAAAUUAUAUCUACUGUUAUUAAAAUAUUGAUCUCAGCUGCAGGAAAAACUAAACUCUUGAAUCAACUAGCUGAUGAUACGACUUUGUUCUCACAAGAAAAGUUUCAAAUUGAUUUUGCACUUAAACUUUUAAAUCCAUUUUCUGUAGCUUCUGGUCUGAAACUGAACGUAUCUAAAUGUGAACUUCUUCCAAUCAAUAGUUGUGAUCAAUGAUCUUUGUCAGGAAUUCCUGUGAAGUCUGAAGUUAAAUAUCUUGCAGUAACUAAAGUUAAAGAGCAAACAGCAAGAAUGAAAAACUUUGAUCCAAUUAUUCCCUCCAGCCAACAAAGAUUUAAUCUGUGGUUCCAGAGACCCGACCAUCACUGGUCCAGUCCUGCUGGCCCAAACUGAAAGUCUUUCUGGUUUUGUCUUUUCCACUUGUUGGGUCUAAAUGAGCUGAACUUAGUUUGACCUGCAGGGAGAAAACAGCAGAAACCCAGUUUCAGAUUUCAGCCUUUGCUCUGAAGCUGCAACUGAGUCCAACCUGCUUUGAAUCAAAUUUAGGAAGGUCCUGGUUUCACCACAGAGUGCAGCCCUGAAGGGAGGAGGAGCAGAACCAGCUGCUCACUCACAUCAACACAACUCCUUCAUACCAUCUUCAAAAGCAUAUUUCAUAAGAUAAGACUUUAGGUUUGCAGUUUCUCUAGGCCGUCUGGUUCAUGGUGUCCUCCUCUUCACUCCUCAGCCGCUUCCCAGGUUCCUGCAGACGUCUCUCACAAAACACACAUGAUUCUAACAGUCCUCACAUAUAAUGGUUAGUGUUUCUAUAGGUUAUUAUUUUCAUUCUGUCACCACUUCAGCCCUUAAUGUCCCAAACAGCCUUUGCACUAAAACUGAUCAAAGACUCUUUGAUUUCAUUUGGAAAAAAGCCAAUUGUUAUUAGGAAGAAUGUUCUGAUCAAUAGAUGAAGUUCUGCUGGUUUCAAUGUUCUGGACUUUAAUUCCCUACAUUUAAAGUUUGAUGGAUCCAAAGAUAUUAGAAAAGUUUGGAUUCCUUCACGUCUUUAAAUCCUUGGUGGCCCAGACUUUUUAUGAAGAUGUAACUACAGAAUAGAAAAUCUCCCUGUUCAUUUAUCCAGCUUCCAGAAACGACUUUUAUCCUGGUUGCUUUAGAAACAGAACUUUUCCCUCAUAAUGUUUUAUUUGGAAGAACCAAAAUAUUUGCUUCAAGCAUAAAUCCCUAUUUCUUAAGAACUGGGUGGAAAAUGAUCAUCUAUCUGUAAAACGAUUGUUUAAUGAGGAAGGUCAGCUGUUUAAUUAUGAUGAAUUUCUUUGUAAAUAUAAUUUUCCCCUAAAGAAUUUUCUGUUGUUUUCAAUGUUUUUCCAGCAGGUUAGAAAUUUCUGAUAUCAGCCUCAGGUGGAGCCCAGAUUAAAUAUCCCAGAUCUCCAGAGUUAUUUAUUGGUAAUUCAGAUCCGCUCAUUAGUAAUAAAACCAGAAAUAAACAUAUUAGAGAAAUAAUCCAGAGGAAUAUUAUUAGCAAACUGCUUCAAUCUUUAUUGGAACAACCUUUAUUCAGAUAUUGAUUGGGAACAAACAUGGUUGUUUAUUUUAUUGUUGUCUCAAAUAAAGUCCAGGAAGUGUCUCUUAACGUUUCCACAGGUGUAAAUUCAGUAUUGAAUAAAUAUAUUAAAAUAUUGAUCCUCUUUGUUCCUUUUGUCACAUGGAACCAGAAACAUUAACCGCCGUUUUUGGGAAUUUCAGCAAAACGUUUUGGUGAGACUUCAAUAUUUUCUUUAGUCAGAAAUGUGAAAUAUUUAUUCCUUUGAAUGUUAAACAUGUUUUCUUUGGUAUUUCCAAUAACAGAAUAUAUUAUAAACUUUCUUAUUCUGCUGGCCAAGUUUCACAGACUUGCCUGUAAAUGUGCUAAAAACCAACCAACCUGUUUUUAGAGUUUCUGUAAGAUGUUUUAUGGACUCUUUAAAAAUGUGCACCAACUCUAAAGCUAUGAAACUUUUAACCUUUAGUGAUGAAUUUGAUUUGUAAACUGUUAUUUUUUCUUUUUUCUCAUGAAUCCUGUGGAUUUGUUACCUCAGCACCUCCAGCAUAUUACUGUCUGCAGCUGUAUAAUCUUUAUUAGUAAAUAAAGUUUAUUAAAAACUGUUUCCAUCCGUGUCUGCCAUGAAUAUUAAUGACUUUUCUCUGGAGAUAAAUUAUUCACAUGUGGUUUUAAUUUCAUUUCUUAUUUCAUGGAAACACUGCAACAGUGAAAUUGUGUUUUUUUGACAUUAGCAGAAAACAGACUGAGAUUUGCUGACAGUUGUCAUGGAAACCUCCCAGAGUGACGAAGACUCCUCCAGGCCUUCAUCGCCGCAGCUCGUUCCGGCUGCUGCUGCAGCACCCAGACACCGGCGGCCCUCGGGGGCCCGGCGGUGGCAGCAUCAUGCCGCCGCCUCUCUGUGUUUCCUGCAGGAGAAGGAAGGCGGCGUCCUGCCGUCCUGGAGGAUCUGCUGUUCUCCACCAUGGCAGAGGGACAGGAGGACGUCCCAGCGUGAGUCUCCAGAGGACGGACACGGAGACGCCGUCCGCCUCGCCGUCUCUGCCUUCAGGCUCUGAAAUCCACGGGGCGUCGGACCGGAGACCCUCGGCUCAAAGAGGUCAAGGAGACGCUGAAGGUCGCCAUGGAGACGACCUCAGACGGAGCGCUGGACCGACUCCUCCUCAAGAAUGUGAACUAGAAGCAGCUCCACAGAGAUGAAAACAGCCCGCAGAGACUCUGAGCGGAGCUAGCGAUGCUAACGAUGCUAACAGGCUCCAGCAGCAGCUGUGGCUCCUAAACUGGAGCUUCAGCUCCAACAGAGCUGAAUCAAAGCUCUACAACUCUGGUUUAGACGAUAAGAUGCUGAGUUUCCGGUCUGAAGAUAAAAGAUGGCGCAGCAGCAGGAUUUUGAGAAAAAACUUUUUAAGGUUCGCCCUGAGUUUGUGGAGAAAGUUUCUGAGGAAAUCCUGAAACGGCUCCUUGAUGAUCUUCUAUCAGAUGGCGUCUUUAAACAUUCAGAGAUUGAAGGUAUACUGCAGAAGAACCCAAUCAGAGCAGACAAGGCCCGCGACACCAUAGAUGCUGUGAUAAAUAAAGGACAGAGAGCCUGCAGACUGAUGAUCAAACGUCUUCAUCACAGAGAUCCGACUCUGUCCAACCAGCUGGGUUUGUCCUCUGACUCCUCUGGUCCAGAUUUUGAUAUUCGGUGUCAACAUGACCUUAAAGCGUUUCUGAAGAAGAAGUUCCAGAGUCUCUCUGAAGGCGUCGCUGAACCUGGAAAUAAAACCGUUCUGAACCAGAUCUACACAGAGCUCCACAUCACAGAGGGGUUAACUAGAGAGGUCAACCAGGAACAUGAGGUCAGACACAUUGAAACAACAUCCAGGAAACAAGAAACAAUCAGAAGAGAAGACAUCUUUAAAGUCCCACCUGGAAGUGAUCAACCAAUCAGAACAGUGAUGACCAUGGGAGUGGCUGGCAUUGGGAAAACACUGUUAACACAGAAGUUCACUCUGGACUGGGCUGAAGGCAAAACCAACCAGAACAUUGAUUUCAUAUUUCCAUUCACCUUCAGAGAGCUGAAUACUUUGAAAGAAGAAACCAGCUUGGUGGAACUGAUUCAUGAGCGCUUCACUAAAACCAAAGGAAUCAGCAGCUUUGACGCGUUCCAGGUUCUGUUCAUCUUUGAUGGUCUGGAUGAGAGUCGAUUUACUCUGGACUUUCACAACACUACAAUGUUUACUGACCCUAAAACGUCAACCUCACUGGAUGUUCUGCUGACAAACCUCAUCAGGGGGGAACUGCUUCCCUCUGCUCUCCUCUGGAUAACCACACGACCUGCAGCAGCCAAUCAGAUCCCUGCUCAUUGUGUUGACAUGGUGACAGAGGUCAGAGGGUUCACUGACCCCCAGAAGGAGGAGUACUUCAGGAAAAGAUUCAGAGAUGAUGAAGAGAAGGCCAGCAGGAUCAUCUCCCACAUCCAGAAAUCAAAAAGUCUCCACAUCAUGUGUCACAUCCCAGUUUUCUGCUGGAUCACUGCUAAAGUUCUGGAGAAUGUGAUGAAGACCAGAGAGGGAGGAGAGCUGCCCAAGACCCUGACUGAGAUGUACAUAGAGUUCCUGGAGGUUCAACUCAAAAUCAAGGAGGAAAAGUAUUUUGGAAAAGCUGAAGAAGAUCCAGAGAACAAGAAGCUGAUUGAGUCUCUAGGAAAACUGGCUUUUGAGCAGCUGCUGAAGGGAAACCUGAUCUUCUAUGACAAAGAGCUCAAACAGUGCGGCAUCAACAUCAAAGAUGCUGCGUUGUUCUCAGGAGUGUUCACUGAGAUGUUUAAAAAGGAGAAAGGGACACGCAACAUCUCCAUCUAUUCCUUUGUUCAUCUGAGCAUCCAGGAGUUUCUGGCUGCAGUCUACAUGCUCCACUGUUUCACCAGCAGGAAGUCAGAGGUGAUCAAGACGUUUCUGGGAGAAAAAUACAGAGAAACAUCUCUAGAUGAGUUCAUGAAGAAAGUCAUGGAGAAAUCCCUUCGCAGAAAAAAUUGCCACAUGGACCUGUUUGUCCGCUUCCUUCAUGGUCUCACUGUGGAGUCCAACCAGAGCCUCUUAGGAGGCCUGCUGGGUCAGACAGAGAACAGUCCAGAAACCAUCCAGAGAAUCAUCACCAACCUGAAGAAGAUGAACACUAAUAGAAUCUCUCCUUUCCAAGAUAUGAUGAACACUGAUAGAAUCUCUCCUUUCCAAUAUAUGAUGAACACUGAUAGAAUCUCUCCUUUCCAAUAUAUGAUGAACACUCAUAGAAUCUCUCCUGGCAGAAGCAUCAACAUCUUCUACUGUCUGGUGGAGAUGAACGACGUCUCAUUUUAUCAGGAGAUCCAACGGCUGCUGGAUUCAGGGAAGGAGCUCUCAGAGACUGACUGUUCAGCUCUGGCCUUCAUGCUGCAGAUGUCAGAGGUUCUGGAUGAGUUGGACCUGGAGAAGUACAACACAUCAGAAUCAGGACGACUGAGACUGCUUCCAGCUGUGAGGAACUGCAGAAACGCUCGACUUGGUGACUGUUCGCUCCAAAUGGCUGAAUGUGAAGUUUUGGCCUCGGCUCUGAAGUCCAACCCAGAUCUGACUGAACUGGAAAUAAAUCAGAUCAUCAUAGAUGAAGGUGGAGACUCUGAUCUGAAGCCUCUGGUUGAGAUCCUGGAGAGUUCAGUCAGUAAAGUGAAGAAUCUGAGGUUGAUGGACUGCAGUUUGUCAGAGACCAGCUGGACUUCUCUGUUCUCAGCUCUGAAGUCCAACCCGACCCAUCUGAGAGAACUGGACCUGAGCAGAACCAACCUGGGAGAUUCUGGACUGAAGGAGCUCUGUGGUUUUCUACAGACUGAAGGCUGCAGACUGGAGAGAUUGAAAUUGGAGGGCUGCAGGUUGUCAGAGACCAGCUGUGAUUAUUUGGCCUCAACUCUGAAGUCCAACCCGACCCGUCUGACAUAUCUGGACCUGGGAUUCAACUACCUGAAGGAUUCAGAUGUUCAGCAGCUGAAGGAUCUUGUAAAGACUUUAAAGUGGAAGACAUUUAGGUUAAAGUAGAAAAUGGUCUCUGUGUCCUGCUGAUCCUCAAAGGUUGAAGCUGCAGCAGUUUGAGUCUAAAGAGA